CUUCCGCCUGGGGUCACGGCCCGGUCAGCGUGAGCCGAGAUCCUGAGAGUGUGGGGCGCUCGGCGGGUCAGGGCGGACUUCGGUCCGGCACCAUGUCCGGGAACCUGCGCACCGCGCUCAUUUUCGGCGGCUUCAUCUCCUUAGUCGGCGCCGCCUUCUACCCCAUCUACUUCCGGCCCCUAAUGCGGCCGGAGGAGUACCAGAAGGAACAAGCCAUAAAUCGAGCUGGUAUUGUUCAAGAAGAUGUGCAGCCACCAGGGUUAAAAGUGUGGUCUGAUCCAUUCGGCAGGAAAUGAGAAGGUUAUCCCCAACUUUGAUGAUGGAAGUAGACAUCUUCAUACUUUCAAUUCUGCAGCAAAUACAAUCAGUCACCUCGCUAUAGAACAAUGGCUGGAGAAGAAAACUCUAUAACACUGCAAAUAAGAGUAUUGUGCAUAGGAUUAAUAUAUUUCCCUUCUUAAAUAUCAAAAGAACCCUGGAACAAAUCACACCAUGAGGAAGGUUUUCAUGAUUCACUUUACUUUCUAAAAAUGAAGCUCUCUCUUCCAGCUGUGUUUGGAGGCGAUCUACUUGUUAUUCAGUCUCUACCACUCCCAACCAAGCUGUGAUAUGAAUACAAGCGACCAGUAGUAGAGUUGGCAAGAUCCUAGUCUGUUUUGCCAUCUUCCAACUAGGAAAUUUCAGUGAAAAACCACCAUGCUGAGCUGCCUCACAGGGCUCUUUGAAAAUGUUCAAGUUGAUAAAACCCCUUGAGGACAAGGUACAUUGUACUCUUUAAGACUAAACAGUUCAGCCUAACUAUCUCGUUGUUGCUGCAUGUUGGAAAGUAAAUAUGAAGCGAGUCAAAUGAAAUGGGUCUGCAUGCAUAGUAGAAAUCAAUGUUGAAUUAACAGAAGUGAAAAUGUGUAAAUUAAAAAGAUUUAUUUUUACCUCACAA